CUUCAAGUUUGAGAAACACCUUCGUGACGCACAAAAGGAGCAAGGGACCCCGUUUCGCCGGACAGAAGGAAACUAUAUUACUUGCGUUCUCCAAACAUCAGAGGUGAUGUUUGAAGAAGAGCCGAUGCAAGAGGAGCCCAGCUCCCCGGAGUCUCCAGUGGACAGCCUGGGGAACAGCGAGGAGGAGCCAGACAGAAGACAACAGAAGCGCAGCAGCAGGAAAAGACGCCAGAGCAGGAAGAGCGUCGAGGACGCGGAGAGCCCAACGCCUGGGAAGCGGAGCAAGAAGUGCAGCAACAGCGGCAGCGUUAGCGGCAGCCCUCAGUCCCUGGAAGACCUGCAGACGCAGCGCGUCAUGGCGAACGUGCGUGAGCGUCAGAGGACUCAGUCUCUAAACGAGGCGUUCGCGUCGCUGCGCAAAAUCAUCCCCACUUUACCCUCGGACAAGCUCAGCAAAAUCCAGACGCUCAAGCUCGCGUCCCGGUACAUUGAUUUCCUGUACCAGGUGCUGCAGAGCGACGAGCUGGACUCCAAAAUGUCCAGCUGCAGUUACGUGGCGCACGAGAGACUCAGUUACGCGUUUUCCGUCUGGAGAAUGGAGGGCGCGUGGUCCAUGUCAACAUCCCACUGACGCACUGUCGCGCGCUGUCGGUGCAGCAAGAUUUCCAGAGGAGCUGAACCCACUGGAAUAGCGAACAUAAGGAUUAUAAAGGGAAGGUUCUGGAGCGUCAUGACGUCGAUGCAGCACUUACAGUUGUGCACCAGGAAUUACAAUCAGAUCUGUGCUGUUGUGACGGUGAAUGUGGAAACCAUGUGCUUCUUUCUGAAGACCAACAGAGCAUCUGACAGCAACUGCGUCAUAUUUAUUACAGAACGAAUGAAGGAAAUAUGGAGGAAACUCGGCUCAUAACACUAUCUUUGACUGGUCCUAAUAAAAAUACAUUUAUUUAUUUAUUUCUGAUUGUCAGAAUGCAGAAUAGAUCUGGUGUCUAUGCAUUUUCUAUUUUAAAUACGAUGUAAAUAUGUGUAUAUUUUCUGCAAUAAAACAUGGUUUGAAAUGUA